UAUAUUUUUAAAUUGUAUUAUUCCUAUAUUCCUCAAGCUUUUGAGUUCUGUAUAAGCAGGUAUUUUAAGCCUGAAAAUAAUUCCAGAGUUAACUUUGUAUGUCCUAUUAUUGGCCAAACAUAUAAUGUAGAUUUAAAAAAAGAAAAAAAAAUGUUUUUAUACAUUGACUUUGUUUGGUCUGUCCUUGGACACCUUGUUCGGCACAAUAGCUGGAUAAGUAUAACCCCUUGCCAGAAAUACUCCUAUUCAUACGUUGUUUUAUGUGCGCUUGGUAACCAUGAUGGUUGCUAUGGUCUUUUUGGUACGAGGGAACACCUAGAGAGGAAUGUGUGAAAUAUAACGCGUAUGUUUCUAACUCCAAAACGAUGAUUUAAAAUAUAACCAAGUCAUUCGUGUAAUCUAAAAUUGUUUUAUUUUUUAUCAUUAUUACUAGAAUAAUUAUUUAAAACCUUGUUAUCCAACGCAUGAUCGCCAAGAAUGGACAAAGGGAUCAUUAGGACUACACUUCCCAGGAUACGUGGUGCAUGGUCUGUUUGUGAUGUCACAAUGAGUAUAUAUGGCUACACCGUGGCGUUCUUCAUUCUAUUGUUACAUUGUAACAAACCGGGGCAGAGGCGAGGAAAAGGAGGACGUCAAUCGGAUAAAAUUCUGUAACAUUUUGACAUUUCUGUACCAAAUAAGGCGAGGGGGGAUAACGGCCAUUAUACUUGAAGAAAAACGACGUUGUGCCGAUUGAAACUGCUCUUGAAAAGAAAGGAUAAACGAAUACAGAUGUCAGCGGAUGCUCUUCCAAUGCAAGCAUUCAAAGGCUCAAACCUGGAAGAUAAGGCAUCCGGCAGUUAUCUCCCAUUUUUUUUUACAACUUAGCAGAAAAUAAUGUCAAUAGCCUAAUAAAUGUUAACUAAACUUGACGUCCUUCUUUCCCACCGUCUGCCCCGGCUAUACAGGAUUGCUACGUCAAAGUUAAAUGGAACAUACUCCUGGAAGCGACCAUAAAUACAUUUCCUUUAUGUAGUCCAAUAUCUGCUUGAAGCCGGUGUAGCCUACAAAUGCAGAAAUAAGCAUUCAUACUGAACAAAUUAACAGUUGUACUUAAAAACAAUCGUUAGCCUAACAUUACAUCUCGAAAGAAAGAAGCUAAAACUGUCAGGGAAAAAUAUUUGGAAAAAAUCUCAAAUAGGGCGUUACAAGAUCCAUGAACAAUCCGUGAAUAAAAGGAACGCUCAGCAGUUGGUCGGGAUAAGAGGAUCCUUUUUCUGCUUAAGACGCCAAGUUUCCAUGGAGGCAGUUUCAUCUCUCAGCCUCAAGCGAAGAUUCGAGGAGGUGGACAGUGGCUCUCCCUACUCUACGCCCAAGAACUCAGACGAUGAUAUCUCCAGCAGUGACAGCGCUGACAGCUGUGAUAGCCUCAACCCCCCCUCCAGUACUGCACUCAUACCGACCUCCAUCCUAAGACGUCACAAGCCCUCUCCAGGCCGGAAGCGGGUGCGGUUUGAUGUGGUGACUGUGUACUACUUCCCCAGGCAGCAGGGCUUCACCAGCGUGCCCAGCCAGGGAGGCAGUUCCCUGGGCAUGGCUCGCCACCACUGCUCCAUCCGCAGCUACACCCUGGGAGAGUUUGCCUGCGAGCAGGAGACCAGUCACCGCCACGCCCUGCGCCAACACCUGCGCCAGGAGAAGCUCAACGCUCGCAAGAUGAAGCUGACACGUAAUGGUACGGUGGAGUGUGCCCAGGCUGACCUGCUGACCCUCGACAAUGUAUCAGACGAUGACCUUGACGUGGAGGGGGUGGAGGUGGAUGACUGCUUCUUCCUGCAGCCACUGCCCACAAAACGGCGCCGCGCUCUCCUCAGGGCUUCUGGUAAUGCCCGCAUAGAUGCCCGGGAGAAGGCUGAGCUACGGACCAUCAGGCUGUCCAGGGAGGAGUGUGGCUGUGACUGCCGUUUCUACUGUGACCCCCGCCACUGUGGCUGCAGCCAGGCUGGCAUCAAGUGCCAGGUGGACAGGAUGUCUUUCCCCUGUGGCUGCUCUCGGGACGGCUGUAGGAACUCGGUGGGCCGCAUCGAAUUCAAUCCUCUGCGCGUGCGAACACACUACCUGCACACCAUCAUGAAGCUGGACCUGGAGAAGAGGAGGCUGCUGGGGCAGCGGUCGGGUGUUGGGGAGCAGUAUGAAGAGUCUGACCUGCUCUCCUCCCCCUCCUCCACCAGGCCUCCCUCCCCAGACCCUGACCUGUCCACAGGGGCCCAUGGCCUGGACUCUGAGUUAGAGACAGAGGAGAGAGAGGUCCAGAUGGUCCUAGAGGCUCAGGACCUCCUGACUGAGCAGGCCUGCCUGGAGCGGGAGAACGAGAUCGCCGUGCUCCACUUGCAAAGUGCCGAGGAGCAGGAGAGGAUGAGGGAGGAAGAGGAAGAGGAGGAGGCGCAGAGGGAGGGGGGAGCAGGUAGCCUGGGGGAGCAGGCUCUAUGCCUCCUGCCUGGGGCCCUGCAGGGGGAGCUGUCUGGGGAGCCUGGGGUAGGGGUUGGGGUGGAGGGGGUCCCGAUCUCCCUCCUCCAGGGCCCAUUCCCCACUGGGGCUACCCUGCUCUGCAUCACAGAGAACCAAGAGGGAAAUUGGGAGGGGGAAGGGGACAACCCUCGUGGUGGCCUCAAAGACCCGGCCUCCUCCCUGCUAUACUACCAGUUAGGUCCCAUGGAGAACGAGCCGUUUGAGGAGUCUCAGCCUGUGGAGGAGGAGGAGUGUGUAGAUAAAGAACCAGGGGGAGGAGAGGAGCAAGAGAGGGUGGAGCAUAGAGGUAUUACCUGUGGGCAGGAUGAGGGCGAGUUUUCACCUCCGGUGGCUCUGUGCACAGAGAAUGGCGUGGGGGCUGAGGGGGCUAAGGAGGUACCAUUCAGCCCCCAGCAGAGUUCCUCAGAAGGGCAGUGUCAGGAAGUGGCCUGUCUGGCCACAGGAGAUAUGUACCCACCACUGCCCCCUGAGGUUUAGUACUAGCACCUCUGCAGAUGUUUUGCACAAUAGCUUUAUUUUGAGCUGAAUAAAGCCUACACUACAUGGAUAGACAGUGUAGUUAUCAAAUAUGAGUAUGAUGUUACAGGUUAGAAUUCAUAAUAAUAACGAUCAUUACUACAAUAAUCGAUUUGAAAAAAAUGAGCAGUUCCAUUAAAAACUAAAGUAAAGGAUGGAAAGUCAUCCUGAAAGCACACACAGAUCUUUCCCUGCAGCAGUACUGUCGUUUCAGUUAUAUGUCAAUGAAAUGCUCUUAUUUUAAAGGGGUGGAGAUCAUGGGACCUGUCCCAAAUGGCACCCUUUUCUCUUUUAUAGUGCACUACUUUAGACCGGGCCCAUAGUGCACUACUUUUGAUCAGAGCCCUAUGUAGGGAAUAUGGUGCCAUUUGGCAGCCAUGUUGGCCUUAACGAAAGAAAUGACAUGUUUGUGUGGAAGGUGUAAUUGAGUCAUUGAGAACUAAGUUGUGUUGUUUUUAGUUCCCGGCACCACAAAGAGACAAUGUGGUGGUGUGAUCAUUAACAUUGGCUCUAGGCCUUUUCAUUUCAAAAAUGUUUUUAACCUUUAUUUAACUAGGCAAGUCAGUUAAGAACUAAUUCUUAUUUAAAAAGACGGCCUACCGGGGAACAGUGGGUUCCUGCCUGGGUCAGGGGCAGACCUUGUCAACUCGGGGAUUCGAUACAGCAACCUUUUGGUUACUGGCCCAACGCUCUAACCACUAGGCUACCUGCCGCCCCUCAAGGGAGCAUUUCAGAAUCAUUCAGUGGAUUCGAGUGGCUUGUUUAACAAGGGAAAGGGGGAUACCUAGUCAGUUGUACAACUGAAAGGAGGUGGGGUUAAGAAGAAUAUGUGCCCUGUUCUAUACUGUAGACCGAUAAAAUAAACAACAGUUGUGUUAAAAAAAGCGUGAGUAUUUAGUGAGCAUUGUAAACGUCACGUUAGUCUGGUACACUUCUUACAGCUGUUCGUUUUGAAGCCAAAUUAGGGCCACUGGUAGUAUCUAUUCCCCACCUCCCCCUCUGACUGAGAAUAGACCUAAAAAACAAUCCUGGAUAUACUUGUUUUUGGUGUACUGUAUAAGAGUUUGCAAUGGGCAAGGCAGAGCUGAAAGAGCUGCUUGUAUGAUCUAUAUGCACUUUGUGGUCAAUUAGCAUAGGCACAGGGUGAUAUGGGCCCCUUUCUGCAUUGGGGCAAAAUGGUAAAACAUUUGUUAAAAUCAGAAGGUUUGCACCGGCUUCUCUUUCUAAAUAGCGUCUCUCCGGGUAUACCUAUCUUAGACCUCUCACGCAAGCACAGUUUAUUUAUUAAAAGACAGUUGACCUAUAAUAGUAACCAUUACAAUGUUAUAGUGAUAUAUUACACUUCGUCUUUGUAAAAUUGUGAUGCUGUUGAUAUUGAGCGCAAGAAGUCUUUGAUCUCUGUUUUAUGCACGAUUGAAAGAAACCUGUCUUUGUUUUUAGUUAGCAUGUCAGAUCAUCGUACAGGUGGUCAGAGUCCAUGUGAGGAUGGGACAGAAUAGACCUCAUAUAAUGAGUCUGUAGGGGCAAAGCUCUACACUGUAAAAACAAAUCUAGUUCUUUCAACUCAUUAUUAUUAUUAAGUAACUGGUUCCACAGCUGUUUUUGUGUUUACCUUUUGUGCCAAGUGGUACCUGAACCCCAACAAAUGUAAUAUACAACAAAUUGUAUGUUAAAAGCAUGCAGCGCUUUUAUCAUACAAUAUUUUCAAUUGACAUAUUUGACACAAGUUGAAAUACAUGAUUAUAUUGUGCAUGUUCAUUCAUACAGUAAUUAAUAUUCAACAUGGCCUCAGCUGGGGUUGAAAAUUACAACCUCUUGGUGCACGGAAUUCUAAUCUACCUGCUACACCACCUUGUCUGUCACAAUGACUGAUUUCACAUGUUUUGCUACAUCUUGCACUUCAAAGUAAAUCUCAGUUUGAAUCUAAAUGUACACUCAAUAAAAACCUGUAUUUAUUAUAGUGAUUAUGGAGUAACAUUAAAACAGAGUAAUAUACCGCACCAGCAUUAGACAACUAUACAGAAAAAAAAUAAAAUUGCUGAAAUAACUAAAUCAAAUCAAUGGUGAGAGAAUAGUCAGAUUAACUGAUAAUUGACAUAGAUAUGGUGGUGUAGCAGGGAGAUCGGAUUGUCAUGUUCCAAGAGGUUGUGAGUUCAAAUCUCAGGUGAGGACAUAUUGAAUAAUAAUUUAUUUAUAAAUUAACAUGCAUAAUGUCAAAUAUGUACAUUGAAAACAUUGUAUGUGAAAAGUACUGUGUGUGUGUAACCAGUUGCACAGAUGUUUUUAGUUAACAUGCCCAAGUACCAAUUUAUAGUUGAAUGAACAAAUGAGAGUUGAGCCAACACAUUUUAAAUGGACAGAAUGUUUUGCCCAGGUUUUCUUUAAGUUUGGGCCAACAUUUUUUUUUAGUUCCUGUAACACUUGGACCCAAAAAGUUGAGUAAACAAAAGAACGGCUAUGGAACCAGUUAUAGUUGAAGUCAGAAGUUUACAUACACUUAGGUUGGAGUCAUUAAAACUAUUUUUUUAAUACCACUCCACAAAUGUCUUGUAAACAAACUAUAGUUUUGGCAAGUUGGUUAGGACAUCUACUUUGUGCAUGACACAAGUCAUUUUUCCAACAAUUGUUUACAGACAGAUUAUUUCACUUAUAAUUCACUGUAUCACAAUUCCGGUGGGUCAGAAGUUUACAUACACCAAGAUGACUGUGCCUUUAAACAGCUUGGAAAAUUCCAGAAAAUUAUGUCAUGGCUUUAGAAUGUUCUGAUAGGCUAAUUGACAUAAUUUGAGUCAAUUGGAGGUGUACCUGUGGAUGUAUUUCAAGGCCUACCUUCAAACUCAGUGCCUCUUUGCUUGACAUCAUGGGAAAAUCAAAAGAAAUCAGCCAAGACCUCAGAAGAAAUAUUGUAGACCUCCACAAGUCUGGUUCAUCCUUGGGAGCCAUUUCCAAAUGUCUGAAUGUACCACGUUCAUCUGUACAAACAAUCGUACGCAAGUAUAAACACCACAUAACACCAAAUAGAUGGCAUCAUGAGGGAGGAACAUUAUGUGGAUAUAUUGAAGCAACAUCUCAAGACAUCAGUAAGGAAGUUAAAGCUUGGUCGCAAAUGGGUCUUCCAAAUGGACAAUGACCCCAAGCAUACUUCCAAAUUUAAGGCAAAAUGGCUUAAGGACAACAAAGUCAAGGUAUUGGAGUGGCAAUCACAAAGCCCUGACUUCAAUCCUAUAGAACAUUUGUGGGCAGAACUGAAAAGGCGUGUGCGUGCAAGGAGGCCUACAAACCUGACUCAUUUACACCAACUCUGUCAGGAGGAAGGGGCCAAAAUUCACCCAACUUAUUGUGGGAAGCUUUUGACCCAAGUUAAACAAUUUAAAGGCAAUGCUAUCAAAUACUAAUUGAGUGCAUGUAAACUUCUGACCCACUGGGAAUGUGAUGAAAGAAAUAAAAGCUGAAAUGUAUCAUUCUAUACUCUUAUUCUGACAUUUCACAAUCUUAAAAAAAGUGGUGAUCCUAACUGACCUGAGACAGGGAAUUUUUACUAGGAUUAAAUGUCAGGAAUUGUGAAAAACUGAGUUUAAAUGUAUUUGGUUAGGGUGUAUGUAAACUUCUUACUUCAACUGUCCUUAGUAAUAAUUAGUUGAAACAACUAGAUAUUUUUUUACAGAGUAGGAUUCUCUAUGAAACACAGCUAUUUUACGUCAUAAGAUGUCAUUUAAAAAAUAUAAUUUAAAGAGUCAAAAGAAAAGGAAAGCCUGAGGUGUUUGAAGUAUUAUUACAGAAUAAUAAUGUAGAGAGGAUAUGACAAAACCCGAAUUGUAGAAGUUUUGUUGAGUGUGUAUGUGUGUUUGUUUGCGUGUGUGAGCGUGUGUGUUGGGGGCCUGGGAGUGGGGUAUGCAUAUGAGUAGUCAUAUUAUUUCCUAAAAGGUGCUGUUCUUAUAGGUUUACAAUAAUUUUUAAAAUCCUGCCAUUACACAAAAUAUUACUUUGAGGACUAAGUGUAUCUUGAUGGACAUUGAAUCAUGGACGUUUCUGAUUGAAAGUUUGAAAUCCACAGAAAAUGCAUUUUAAUCAACCGUUUCUGUGGUGAGGGAAGCAUUACUUUAAGGCGUCUGAGAGAAUUAUGGAAUGACAUACUGUACAUUUCAGUAUAUAUAAUCACAAUCCUAUAACAUUUUUUUAAAAUUUUAAAUGUAUUUUUAUGCUGUGUCUGUUUGUACUGACCUAUGUAAGUGAGUGUGCCGACACAUCGUGCACAUUGUCUUCAUCCUUUCCUGAUGUUGUGCUCCUUUAACUGAUUAUCUAUUUUAAAGCUUGUUGCCAUCUUGCCCAGUGUAUCGUGUAUACUCUUAGAAAAAUAGGUGCUAUCUAGAACCUGAACGGGUUCUUCAUCUGUCCCAUAGGAGAACCCUUUGAAUAACCAUUUUUGGUUCCAUGUAGAGUUCUACAUAGUACCAAAAAGUGUUCUCCUAUGGGGACAGCUGAAGAUCCUGUUGGAACCCUUUUUUCUGUACAGUAUAUGGGCCUAACUAACACAUGAUGAGAUGCUGUGCAUGAGGGGUGUGAUAUUGUCUUAAUAAUAUAAUAAUGUUUAAGAGUUGCACCAAAGCAGUGGUUUCAAACCGGAUUUGUUGCUCUCAUCAUCCACCAAUUUCUAGAAGAUUUAAUUGGAAACUUCAGCUCUGAUUAAUUCUGAAGAGACUUGUAGUGAUCUUCUCAAUCAAAUAGAUUUAUUUUCCACCAUUGCUUACCAUAACACAGUUCCGGCCUUUAAGGAAUUGUUGAGUGAAACUGAAUAGCUGCCUAAUGUUGAGUCUUCAUCUUUGGCUUCCUAUGAAUGGAUUAAGGUAUGGGACCACUGCACUAAAUGAACUCCAACCCACUAAUGAUAUGAUUAUUAUGUUUGUCUGUGUUUGAGAGCAGAGGUACAGUAUGUAUGACUGAAAAGAGUGACUGAGGUUUGGUUGGACUUCAUCUCAAAGCUGUGAUAAUUACUCUUAUGCUAACUGUUGCCUAAAGUGGACAAAACAUUUUAUACAAAAAAUGUCAAUUAAAAGAUUUAAAAAUAUGA